AUGAGCGGAAAUCAUGCUGACGUGGAGACUAAAGAGUUAGGCGAAGAGAAGCAAUCGAGGAAGGAGUUAGGGAGUAAAGGGCCGGAAAAAGGGGAUCAAGAAGCGGAGGAGAAGGCUGAGAAGGGAGGGAGGGAGAAAGGUGAUAAAGGGGAGGCGGUGAAAGGCGAUAAGGGGGAGGCAGUGAAAGGCGAUAAGGGGGAGACGUUGAAAGGUUAUAAGGGGUGGACGGUGAAAGGCGAUAAAGGGGAGACGAUGAAAGGCGAUAAAGGGGAGAUGAUGAAAGGUGGUAAGGGGGAGACGUUGAAAGGCGAUAAAGAGGAGGCGGUGAAAGGCGAUAAAGGGGAGACAAUGAAAGGUGAUAAAGGGGGGACGACGAAAGGCGAUAAGGGGGAGAGAGAGGACAAGGAUGGAAAGGGAAAGAACCCGAAGGGCGGGGGGAGAGGUGAAGAAGGGAAAGAGGGAGGGAAGCAAGGGAUGGAUGGGAAGGUGAUUGGUAUGGUGGGACUGGGAAAGACAACGAGCGAAGGCGCAAGGAAGGAGAAGGAGACGGGCGGAAAGAAGGGGAAAGGAGGGGAGGAGGAGGGGAAGGAGCGACGGGAAACGAAGGAAGGGAAGGCGGAGGGACAGAGGGAGGAGCGAGGGAAAGGAGGGGAGGAGGAGAAGGAGGGAAAGGAUGCGAGGGGAAAUGGGAAGGAGCGGGAGGAGGAUAGAGGGAAAGGGAAGGAGGAGAAGGAGAAAGGGGCGACGGUGGAGGCGGGGAAGGAGAAUGGGGGAAAGGACGGGAAGGAGAAGAAAGAGAAGAAGGAGAAGAGGGAGGAGGGGAAGGGAACGGGAGGGAAGGAGGAUCUGCAGAAGAAAGGAAGGGAGACGAGGGCUAAGAUCGAGGAGGGGGAUGAGAAGAGAAAAGGGCAUGAGGAAGAGGGGGGGGAGAAGAAAGAGAAGGGAGAGAAGAGCGAGGAGAGGGAAAAGGAGGAAGUGAAUCGUGGUGAGGUGAAGGGGGAGGGGAAACAGAAAGUGGGGAAUGAAGAGGAGAGGAGAGAGGAGAACGAAAGGAAAGAGGAGAUUGUGAGAAAAGAGGAGGAGGAGGGAGAGAUUGCUGCUGACGAGUGCAAAAAGGGGAAGGAGAAAGGAAGAGGCGUUGAAGCAGGGGAGGAAGGAGAGAUUCAGGAGGAAGAGACGAAGAAGAGUAAGGAGAAGGAGAAGGAUAAGAGGGAGGAGAAGAGGGAGGGGGGUGAACAAAAGAAGGAGAGGAGGAAAGAGAAGGAUGGAGAGCGGAAGGAGAAGAAGGACGAAAAGAGGAAGGAAGAAAAGGACAAGGAUGAGAAGAAGGAAGGGAAGGUGAAGGAUGAGAAGAAAGAAGAGAAGGGGAAGGAUGAGACAGGAGAGGUGAGCCGAGGCGAAGAGAGACCAGAGAAGAGGGAGAAGAGAGGAGAUGAAGAGGAGAGGAAGAAAGAGAGGAGAAAGAGGGAUGAAAAGGACGAGGAGAGGCGGAAAGAGAAGAAGAGAGAGAGGAGGGAGGAAAGGAGAGCAGAGGAGAAAGGAGAGGGGAAGAGGAAGGAGAGGAAGACCGAGGAAGGACAGGAUGUGAAGUCGAAAGAGAGGAAAGAGAAGAAGGAGAAGAGGGAAAAGGAAGAGAAGCGGGAGAAGAGGAGUGAGCAGCCUCUUUUGAGCCCGGGACACUCAGGAAAAGGAUCGGAGUCUAUAGCGAGUAUGGCCAGUCCGGGGGUGAAUAGUCUGGAGGAGGGAGAGAGGAGGAGGAGUGUGGAAGGGCGGGGGGAGAAGAGUGAGGAAGGGAAGGAGGCGAAGAGGAAGAGGGAGGAUAAGGAGAAGGAGGAGAAGGAGAGGAGGAGAGAGGGGGGGAAGGAGGGGAAGAAGGAGGGGAAGGAUGAGAAGGAUGAGGGUAGGAGGAGGGAGGAGAGGAAGGAGAGGAAGAGGAAGGAGAAGAGGGAGAGGAGGGAGGCGAGGAAAGGGGAAGGGAGGGAGGAGAAUAAGGGGAAGGGGAAGGGGGGUGAUGAUGAGAAAGGAGAUAGAGAAGAGGGAAGAGAAGAGGUGAGAGAGGAAAAGAACGUGGGGGAGAAGGAGGGGUUGAAAGAUAGUGACCAAGUGAAGGAGGAGAGGAGGGAGGGAGUGAGACAAGGGGAGCAACGAGGGACGGUGGAGAGCAGGGUGGAGAAAGCAGAGGGGAAAGGAGGGACGGGGGAGGGCAAGGAGGAGAAUGUAGGGGCGAAGGAGAAAGCAGAGGAGAAAGGAGGGAUGGGGAAGGGCAAGGAGGAGAAAGAAGAGGCGAAGGAGAAAGUAGAGGAGAAAUCAGAGAAGAAAGCAUGGAUGGGGGAAAUCACGGAGGAGAAAGAAGAGGAGAAAUCAGAGAAGAAAGCAUGGAUGGGGGAAAUCACGGAGGAGAAAGAAGAGGCGAAGGUGGGGCAGAAAAUCAAGGAAGUGGAAGGGAAUACAACGGGGAAAGCAGCGGAAACAGCAAAGGCGAAAGCAGAGGAGAUUGCAAAGGAGAAAGGAAAGGAGGAGGCAAAGCAGGAAGCGCCAGAAGCAGUGGCUCAGCAGAAUGAGACGACGGGCAGCGGUGGUGUGCGUGGGGAGGAGGGGAAGGGGAUGCGUGAACAGGAAGGCGAGGUGACUUGCGAGUCGAAUCAAGAGGAAAAGGGGAAGCUUGGAAAGGAUAGGGAUGGUCAGGAGCAGGAGCAUGCUCAAUUCAAGGGAGGUGGGGCGACGUGGCCAAAGAAGAUAGCAGGAGCGAAAUCAGGGGUUGGGGAUGGGCAGAGACAGGAGCGUGCUGAACCAAAGGAGGAGAGCAAGGAGAAAAAGGAUGUUCAGAAGGGGUUGACGGGAGAAGCGGGCUUGGAUGGUGAGGGGCAGCAAUUAAGAGCUGAGCCUGAGCGUGUGCUUUCAAAGGGUGUCGUCACUCCCCCUGCUGCAGCCGCCAUUUCUCCUGCCACAGCCGCCACCGCCCUUGCUACAGGUGCUACUUCCCUUGCCCCAACUCCGGCCAGUUCUCCUGCUGCUGUUCUCACACCAUCUAUUGCGUCUCCCCUCCCUGCUGCUACAGCCGCCGUCACUCCCUCUGUAACAGCCGCCAUCACCCCCCGUGCUACAGCCUCCACCCCCUCUUCCACGUCUCCUCCUGCUGCAUCUGCCACAUCCCCUGCGACAGCCGCGACUCCUGCUGCUUCAGUCUCCCUUCUUCCUACCACUGCUGCCUCCGCUCCUGCUACAGCCGCCACCUCCCCUGCGACAGCUCCUAAACCCAAGGCGCCUCAAAAACCCUCCAUCCCUCACUCCACCGCUCCUGUUCUCAACCUCUCCCUAGCACCUCCGUUCCUAGAGCCUCAGGACCUUCCUCUAGUCUCUCAACCCCUCCCCAUCGACUCGAGACAAAAUCUGCAAAAAUCUCCUUCUGUAGGGCUGCCUAAGAGUGCAUUCGAGUCAUCACAAGAAGAUUCUCGGAAGGAGCUGGCGCCGCGUGACCUGCCUCCAACUGUGCCGCCUCCCUGCGUGGAUUCCCAAGCACUGCCUCUCAAGUCAACUAAAGAAGAUCCUUGCUUGGAGUCCCAGGGCUUCCGUUUUGGCUCGACUCAGGAACCUUCCCGGCAGGAGCUGGUCCCACAUGACGUCCCUCCCCCUGUGCUGCCGCCACGCCUGGACUCCUCGAGUGAGGAACCUUCCUGGAAGGAGUUGGCGCCGCCACGUGACAUUCUUCCCCCAGUGCUGCCGCCGCGUGUGCGUGUGUCGAUCACUCUCUCUCCGGAGGAGGUGGAGGCGGAUUUCAGAGCAAUCACGGGGCAACCCCCGCCCCAACUGCCUAUGAAGAAGAGAAGGUGGGCUCACGUGUUUCUAAAUUGUGUUUUGAGUCGGCUUAUAACACAGCGGCCGUGCGUGCGUGUGUCGAUCACUCUCACUCCGGAGGAGGUGGAGGAGGAUUUCAGGGCGAUCACGGGGCAACCCCCGCCCCAACUGCCUAUGAAGAAGAGAAGGAAACUCGAGGCGGCAAACGGGAAACUCGAGGCGGCAAACGGGAAACUGGAGGCGGCGAACGGGUGGGUCGGGGUAGCCCCUGCAGGCAUGGAUGAGCUUCUGCCUCUUGCAGCAGAACCUUCUGAACCUUCUGAGAAGCUUCCUCUCCCAAGCAGCAGCAACAACAGGGGCAUGCAGCAGCCGGGUAUGGAACCGACAGUGCCUUUCAAUCGACCUUUUGACUCGAAUCUGGAAGAGCCAAGGGGAGAAUUCGAGGAUAGAAAGAUUGGUCUGCUGCCACCCCUUCUGUCACGGCGGUCUCUGUUGGCAGCACAGGAAAAUGUGCUGGUUGGCAAUGGCCUGGCUGCUCGAUCCGAGGAUGGGGUUCGCCGAAAGGAGGGGGGUGGCUUGGUGGUGGAAAGGAGGGAGGCUGAUUGGCAGUCUUCGAAACCUCUCCUGUCCCUGCCUCCCUCAUCGCUUCUCCAUCCUCCGAUGGUGUUUUCGGGUCGUGAGCAAAUGCAAGUGAAGGAGAUGGAGAAAGAGAAGGAGAAAGAGAAGGAGAAAGAGAAGGAGAAAGAGCAGGGGGCGUAUAGUAAGGGUGGGAUCGCUGGCGCUGCUGCUGUUGGUAGUGCUGCUUCUGGUGAUGCUGCCUCUGCUGCUGCUCGUGCUGCGAAUGGUGCGUUGGGAAUGCAGAUUGACGGUUUUGGUAGGAGCCUUGAGGAGGGGAAGGAGGGAGAGGGGGAGAGGGAGAGGGCGAGUGCGGGAGGAGUGGGGAAGAAGGAGAAGGGGGUGGAAGGAGAGGGGGUUGGGAAAAGGGACAAGGAGGGGAAGAAGAAAAAAAAGAAGAGGCAUGAGAAGGAUCGAGAGGGGAGAGGGGGGGAGAAAGGGGAGGAAAGAAGGGAGGGUAAGGGAGAGGGUAAGGUUGAAGGGAGGAAGGAAGAGAAGGGGGAGAGCAAGAGGGAAGGGAAGCAUGAAGGGGAGGAGAGGAGGGAGAAGAAGCUGAAGAAGCAUGGGAGAGUGGAGGGAGGCGAGGAGCGGAGGGAUGGUAGAUCGGCAGAGGAGGAAGAAGGCAGGUUGAGAAUUUCUGCGGGAGCAGCAGGAGCAGAAACAGGAGGAGAAGGAGGGGCAGCAGGCAGAGGUACUGGUUUGGUGAGUGAGGUUUUGGAGGAACAGGAGAUGGAGAAGAGAAGGGGGGAUGAGAGAGGGGAGAAGGAGAGAACGGAGAGGGAGAGAGAGAAGGAGAAGGUCAAGCAUAAGACGAAGGACAAGGAGAGGGAGAGGGACAGGGAGAGGGAAAAAGAUAGGGAGAAGGAAAAGGAGAAAGAGAGGGAGAAGGAGAGAGAGAGGCGACUUGUGGAUGUGGAUCGAACUGUGCUUGCUUCUCUGCAGGCAGAGGAGCAAGCAGAGGAGCAGAGAGAGGAGGAGGAGGGGGGCAAGGAGGAGGAGAAGGAAGAGAGAGAUGGGGAGAAGAGGAGAGGAGGGGUUGGGAUUUGGCAAAAUUCAGACAAGAUCCGAUUCGAUUCUCUAGUGAGGAGAGAUAGGCGGGAAUUGAUUGCGGAGGGACGGAUGGAGGAAGAGAGAAGAGAGGGGGCAGGCGAGCAUGGGAAUGGAGGCGUUAGGGGAGAGUGGGAAAGGGAAGGUGGAGAGGAGAAGGGUGGGAGGGGGGAGAGGGAGAGGAGAAGGAGAGGUAAGGAGCGGGUGGAGGGAGGCUCGGGAGGAGGCUCGGGAGAAGGCUCUGAUGAAGACUCGGAGGAGGAUUUCCCUGGGGAUUACAGGGAGGGACAGGUUCGGAUGAGGAGGAAAGAGGCUCGGAAACGCAGGAGGAUGUUUGGGGAGUAUGGGAAUGGGGAGGAUGGGGAGGAGGACAAUGGGAUGGGGAUGGAGGAGGAUGAAGGGGAGGCGGAGGGAGGGUUGGGGAUGGGUGGGUCUGAGUGGUUUCUAGCAGGGUUAUCCGGGGGACUAGGAGGAACGGGAUUAGGGGUAUUUGCAAAUUCAUCUCCUUCAGCUACUGCCGCGGCAGCUGGGUCUGCAGGGGGGGGAGCAGGGGGAGGAGCAGGGGGAGGAGCAGGGGGAGCCGGGGGAGCAGCAGGAGGAGCACCAGGAUCAGUACCAAAGAGGAGACGAAGCUCAAGAAUAGCAGAGAGGGUAGAAAAGCGAACAUGGCGAUCCAUGGAUUUAGGCUGGGUGGCCGGUGCUGCUGCUGCUGCUGCCGCCGCCGCCGCAGCAGCCGCAGCUAACUCUGCUGCUGGUUCUGCUGCUGGUGGUGGUGGGGGGCAUAAUGCGAGUUCUAGGGGAGGGAGGAAAGGUGCUGGGGUGGGUGUGCCGGCUUUCAGGCAUCCGGGGGUGCCGGGAGUUAUGGUUAUGAUCCCACCGGCGGAAAUCGUAUCGGAUUUUGUACAGAUCACGGGGAAUCCGCCGCCGCCGCCCAAGAAGGGUUACCGUUAUUGGCGAAACUUCAUCCCUUUCCAGGUAUGGCUGCAGAUUCUUCUUGUCUGA